GGGCCACUGGUCAGCAGGCUCCUGUUUCCUGUCCCCUGCCCCCCACCGCAGGUACUUAAGGUCUGAAAGGAGCCAAUUGGGAGCUGUUGGAGCCACCCUGGAGGUGGCAUCAGACCUCUCCGAGGCAGGCUGACCCCAGGACCUUCCUACCACCCACACUGUCCAUGGAUUUUGUUGCUGGAGCCAUCGGAGGCGUCUGCGGUGUUGCUGUGGGCUACCCCCUGGACACGGUGAAGGUCAGGAUCCAGACGGAGCCCAAGUACACAGGCAUCUGGCACUGCAUCCGGGACACAUAUCGCCAAGAGCGGGUGUGGGGCUUCUACAGGGGCCUCUCGCUGCCCGUGUGCACGGUGUCCCUGGUCUCAUCUGUGUCUUUCGGCACCUACCGCCACUGCCUCGCACACAUCUGCCAGCUCCGGUACGGCAGCGCCGACGCCAAACCCGCCAAGACUGACGUCACACUCUCGGGGUUCGCCUCUGGACUCGUCCGUGUGUUCCUGACCUCGCCCACCGAGGUGGCCAAGAUCCGCCUGCAGACACAGACGCAGCAGCGGCGCCCCUCAGCCUCGGGGCCCUUGGCUGCACCCACCAUGUGUCCUGCGCCCCCUGCCAGUCUGGCACCGGAGCCCAAGUACCGCGGGCCGCUGCACUGCCUGGCCACGGUGGCCCGGGAGGAGGGCCUGCGGGGCCUCUACAAGGGCAGCUCAGCCCUGCUCUUCCGGGAUGGCCACUCUUUCGCCACCUACUUCCUCUCCUAUGCCAUCCUCUGUGGGUGGCUCACUCCUGCUGGCCGCAACCAGCCAGAUGUCUUGGGCGUGCUGGUGGCUGGUGGCUGUGCAGGGGUGCUGGCCUGGGCGGUGGCCACCCCCAUGGACGUGAUCAAGUCGCGCCUGCAGGCAGAUGGGCAGGGCCAGCAGCGCUACCGGGGCCUCCUGCACUGCGUGGUGAGCAGCGUUCGGGAGGAGGGGCCGCGGGUGCUCUUCAAGGGGCUGUCGCUCAACUGCUGCCGCGCCUUCCCUGUCAACAUGGUGGUCUUCGUCACCUAUGAAGCCGUGCUGAGGCUCACGCGGGGCCUGCUCACAUAGCUGGUUCCCACGAGCCAGGGGCCGACCUGCCAGCAGUUUCUGGAGGUCCUUGGAGCUGGAGAGGGCAGAGGGGAGUGUUGGAGUCUGGGCCCCACCAGGCCAUCCCCCAGGGCAUCCGGGGCCUCCCUGCCCAGCAACUGACCACAAGAAGGUCAUGGGGCCCAUCUGCUGUCGGCCCGGGGUUGGCCUGAGGGUCACACGUGCCAGGGAGAAGUGGGCCUCUGGGAUGAGGAUGUGGUUGCAGGGAGUCAUUUGUGCAUUUGGUCACUUUUCAUCCCGGCUUCCCUUUCCCCUCCCCCUGCCGCCCCACGUCUUCAGAGCACCCCUGUGUCCUCUUGGCCCCCCGUCCCCCACCCCCACUUAGAUCUCCAUGCUCUCUAGUGUGCUCUUCACGCCUGGUCUCUCAGAGGCAGCCACCUGGUCUCCCCACCAGACGGAACCCGGGCACAGCUAUCUGGCGCCUGGCCCGCUCAGCCCCUGCGCCAGGCAGCUCAGAGAGGCGCUGCAGGGCAGCCCCGGGGAGCUCGGUGUCAGGUCUGCUCACAGGUCUGGUCGCUCUGCUGUAGACCCUGGAGAUGAAGCGGGGAGCUGUUGCCAAUAAAAUGUUUCUCAAGA